CCGAUCAUGAGACGGCAGUGCGCUCCGUUCUCUGUGCGGGCAGUUAAUGAUUUCUGAUAUCUACAGAUCAAGGAUUCCUGGUAUAAAUAGCUCUAUAGCUGGGGUACACAGAUAUCUUAUCUGAUGAGAUUGAGUUCUCGUCCUGGAUACUAUGCACGAUAAUGGUGUCGAAGUCGAUGAUGCGGAUGCUGCCCUGCUCAUGCAUGAUGUUCUGUGGCUUGACUUCGGCAUGGAUCGUGGCUGCUUCGUUGUGGAUGUCGCGCAAGUGGAUGAGGAUAACAGCUCUGAGUGUCCAGUAGCACGAUCGGGUCUCGAAUGUAGAUGUGGGGGCUGUUGAAUGAAAUUGGACGCCCUUGUCGCUGCGGUCGAGCAGAUGCAAAGUUUCAAAUGCUCGACCAAACCUGUUCAGGACUAGGCCUCCCAGGGGCGCGCCCUUCUCCGUUAGUCCCCUGGUGGGGGCAUGGUAGAAUCCGAUAAAGCGAGGAACGGACUGGCCCUGGAGAAUUUCCAGGGCCGCGGAGCGCAAACCCUCGCUAGAGUAACACGAUCA